AUGUAUCAACAUUAUAGGAUUCAAAAUCAUGUUGCUGUGUUUACAAAGGACAAUGAUAACAACAACAACAAUGAUAAUCAAGAUAAUAUGCAGCUUGACGGAAUAUUGAACAUAAUAGAUUUGACAUCAGGAAAUAAUUUAAAUGAAUCAGCUGCUGUAAAUACUGGAUCAAGUUUUCCUAUAAGAUAUAGGCCUGAUACUGUAGCUUCAAGGGAAAUUAGACAGUAUCAAAAAUCAACAAAACUUCUUCUGAGAAAAUUACCAUUUUCUAGAUUGGUUCGAGAGAUUGCUACAAAUGUACUUGAAAAAGAUUCUCAAGUAGGAUUUAGAUUUGAAUCCACGGCUAUCCUAGCACUUCAGGAAGCUGCUGAAGCAUAUCUAGUUCAAAUGUUUGAAAAUGGACAUUUAUGUACAACCCAUGCUAAACGAGUAACAUUAAUGAGAGAGGAUAUUGAAUUAGCAUUGAACAUUUCUGGAGGCAGUAUUAAUAUAUAA